UCUUCAACCCUUUUCGAACCAUGCUGUUUUCAGGCUGUCAAUGUCGUGGCACAUUCUAAUUGAAAUUUCUACGCAAUGUACGGUAUUAAGUCACCGAAAUAUGUUUUCUCCAAAGCUUUAAGCGAUUUAAUAGUCAGUGAUCCUCACUAAGCGGGAUGGCCCAGUGGCUUCAGCCUCAUCUAUCGGAGACCUUUCGGAAUUUCUCCACAUUUGCAGCAAAUGAGCAGUGUUUCGAGGAGCCUUCAAAUGCUCUCCUGGAAAAGAAGCAAUUCUGGACAGAGAAAAGGACAAAGAAAAGUAGUGCAUCAUGGAACUACGUAAGACAGACAUUUUCGUCAUUGAAAGACCAAACAGACACGGAGGUCAUUUGCACUUUGAGGGACCUUCUGCACUGUGCCCGAGAUUUUCUUGGGGAUGUGUCUACCGAAGACCUCCUUCACUCCGCUGUGCUGCAGCUCAUCGACAUGUUCCACGACGACACGUCGGAAUUCGUCACAGAGAAGCAGCGUCUCCUCCUCCGGAACACCUUUGGCAGCUUCCCUCCGGAGCUGGCGACUAAAGCGCGAGAUGUAGUUCACAAACUUUUUUCGUGGCUCUCUCCGGAGACCAAGUGCCUCCUUCUGGAACAGAAGAACAGCCUGGAAGAUUCGUUCCCAGAGUCUGAAGAAUUUGGACGCAAAGUGAAGGUGGCAGACUUUAUUCCAUUCGGAGACGAAGACAUCGAGGUGUGUUCCGACGACGAACUCUUUGUGAAGGACCAAGCGAUGUUGGACAUUGCGUAUCACGAGCCAGAGCCGAAGAAAGUGACCAAGAAAAAGGUUGACGCGAACUGGUUGAGGCAAAAGGUGAAAGAGGGGUUGUCUGCUGGUGGCGGGCUGUUGCUGGAUGAAGUGAUGGACAUUGUUCUUCCGCUGCUGGAUUCCCAUAAGUCAGACAAGGAGCUCGAAAGCGAGUUUUUUGAUAUAUUAGGAGCUAGCUUCCUGACUGUUAUUGGAGACAUUCUGGCUCAUCGUCGAGAGUUGAUAAAAAAUAUAAACGAAGAUGCUGUCAACUUAAAUCUGCUUCCUGACGUGGUCCCAAGUUUCAAGAACAAUCCCCAGAAGCCGAUGUACGGCUGUCAGGUUACCAUACAGUCUGAGCAGGAAAAAAACCUCAAGAAGAGGAUACAAAAAGAAGAGAAAAGGCUCAACCGAGACAAGGGCAAAGUUCCAUCCAAGGAUGGGGACGAUGACUUUCAGUUGAACGUGGACUUUCUUCGAAGGCAAAGGCAUUCAGAAUUAAAUGCGGAGCUUCAGACAGUCAAAGAUGCUCCAGUGUUGCCACGAAGACCAACCGUUCAACCGGAGAGAUAUCCCAAUGUCUACGACUCUUUCGCCGAGGCGAAAAAGAAUGCCGCCUUUAUUGCGGGUGCUAAGAUGAGCUUACCUGCAGACAUCAAGGUUGUCAACGCUCAGAAAUACGAAGAGGUGUCAAUACCACCCAGCAAGCCACCACCAACAAAUAUUGGCAGCAACCUUGUUGAGAUCGCAACCUUAGAUGACGUAUGCCAGAUUGGGUUCAAAGGAGUGAAGACUUUGAACCGCAUUCAGUCGAUGGUUUUCGACAUGGUGUACAACACGAACGAGAACUUGCUCAUCUGUGCCCCAACUGGGGCAGGCAAAACAAAUAUUGCCAUGCUGGCAGUGCUACAUGAAGUGAAACAGCACAUUGAUGGGCGUGUGCUCAACAACUCUUUCAAGAUUGUGUACGUCGCACCAAUGAAGGCGCUGGCUGCCGAAAUGGUUCGGAAUUUCGGCAAAAGGCUCGAGCCACUCGGAGUGGUCGUGCGAGAGCUGACUGGAGACAUGCAGCUGAGCAAGGCAGAGAUCAUGAAGACACACAUGUUGGUCACUACUCCAGAGAAGUGGGACGUAGUGACUCGAAAGUCAACAGGUGACAUAGCAUUGAAUCAGGUGGUGAAGCUGCUCAUCCUGGAUGAAGUGCACCUUCUUCACGGCGAUCGUGGGCCUGUGCUGGAAGCAUUGGUUGCCAGGACGUUGAGACAGGUGGAGUCAUCACAGAGAAUGAUUCGUAUAGUGGGACUUUCUGCAACUCUUCCCAACUACGAGGACGUAGCCCACUUUCUACGAGUGAACCCCAGGGCCGGCCUGUUCUACUUCGACAACCGUUUUCGCCCCGUUCCACUGGGACAGACUUUCAUCGGAGUAAAAGCUCCAUCUCCGCUCCAGCAGAUGACCGACAUGGAUGAAGUUUGCUUUGACAAAGUCUUUGCAGUUGUGCAGAGAGGUUAUCAGGCGAUGGUGUUUGUCCACUCAAGGAACUCGACCGUAAAGACAGCCAGAUCUUUACGAGAGUUGGCUCAGCAGCAGGGCAAGCUCGAAAAGUUCAGGGUCUCACCUAGUGUGCAGUACACUGCAGCUGAGAAACAGAUGAUGAGGUCCCGCAAUGCAGCCAUAAAAGAUCUCUUCCCUUAUGGAUUCUCUGUCCACCAUGCUGGAAUGUUGCGUUCUGACCGAAAUCUUGUGGAGAAGCUCUUCAGUGACGGGCUCAUCAACGUGCUUGUUUGCACCUCGACACUAGCAUGGGGAGUCAACCUGCCAGCACAUGCUGUCGUCAUUAAGGGAACCGACAUAUACGACUCCAAGCAUGGCAGCUUUGUGGAUUUGGGGAUCCUAGAUGUGAUGCAGAUCUUCGGUCGUGCUGGCCGGCCCCAGUUUGACAAAGAAGGGCACGGAACUAUCAUUACUACGCAUGCCAAACUGAACAAGUACCUGUCACUGCUCACAUGUCAGUUCCCUAUUGAGAGCAGCUUCCAUGAGAACCUUGUAGACAACUUGAAUGCUGAGAUAUCUCUGGGCACUGUGUCUUCAGUGAGUGAAGCUGUGGAGUGGCUCAGCUACACAUACCUCUAUGUGCGAAUGCGUCGUAACCCACAUGUCUACGGGAUCAAGUAUACGACGCUAGUGGAAGACCCACUGCUGAUGAAAUGCCGACACGACCUCAUAGUAUGUGCUGCCAAAACACUGGACAAGGCAAAGAUGAUCCGUUUCGACCAACGAUCAGAACGACUAGACUCUACUAACCUUGGUCGUACUGCUAGUCACUUCUACAUUAAGCAUGCAACAGUGGAGCACUUCAACGAACUCAUUGAACGAAAGGCCCUCACCGAAGGUGACAUCCUGGCUGCUGUUUCAAAAGCACAGGAGUUUGACCAACUUCAAGUCAGAGAGGACGAACUGGAGGAAUUGGACACCAUCCUGGAGAUAAGCUGCAAACUCUCCGUGCCAGGAGGAAGCGAGAACUCUCAUGGCAAAGUGAACAUUCUCCUGCAGAACUACAUUUCACGUGGGGUCGUGGACACGUUCUCUCUAGUGUCUGAUCAGGCCUACAUCAUCCAGAACGCGACCCGAAUUCUUCGUGCACUAUUUGACAUGGUGCUGCGGUCUGGCGGAGCAAUCAUGGCUGGUCGACUGCUGACUCUCUGCAAGGUCGUGGAGCGACAGAUGUGGAGCUUUGAAAGCCCGCUCAAGCAGUUCCCCGAUAUUGGCUACUCUGUACUGCGCAACAUCGAAGAGAAAAACAUGAGCCUCGACCGCAUCCGCGACAUGGUACCGAAGGACCUGGGGUUGAUGGUGCAUAAUCCCAAGGUUGGCACGCAAGUUCACCAGUAUGCACGUCAGAUACCUUCAGUUGUGGUGGUACCAAGCAUUCAGCCGAUCACGAGGACAGUUCUCAAAGUGCAACUGGACAUCACAGCCGACUUCAUUUGGAAUGCUAGUGUGCACAAGGGCUCGGAAGCUUUCUGGAUCUGGGUGGAAGAUCCCAACUCUGACGAGAUCUACCACUACGAGUACUUCAUUCUGAACAGAAAGCAGGUGGUGAAGAAGGAGACGCAGAACCUGGUCUUCACGAUCCCCAUCUCUGAACCGCUCCCACCACAGUACCUUGUGCGGGUGGACUCAGACUACUGGCUGGGCGCGGAGCAGACGAUUCCUCUCAUGUUUCAUCACCUGAUAUUACCCCAGAGACAUCCUCCACACACAGAACUGCUGGACUUGCUGCCCCUGCCUGUGAGCGCUCUCUCGGACAUGACCUACGAGGUGCUGUACAACUUCAGUCACUUCAACCCGAUCCAGACGCAAAUAUUUCACACACUGUAUCAUACGGACAGCAACCUGUUGCUUGGAGCUCCUACGGGCUCUGGGAAGACCAUCGCUGCAGAGAUUGCUAUGUUUCGGGUCUUCAAUGUCUACCCUGGUGCUAAGAUCGUCUACAUAGCCCCUCUGAAGGCACUCGUACGUGAAAGGAUAGAGGACUGGAAAGUUCGCCUGCGUGACAGACUCGGCAAAAAAGUGACAGAACUGACGGGAGACGUCACUCCAGACUUCAGGGUGAUCACGACAGCCGAUGUUAUUGUGACCACGCCAGAGAAGUGGGACGGCAUCAGUCGGAGCUGGCACACUCGGGGCUACGUCAAACAGGUCUCACUGAUCAUCAUAGACGAGAUCCACUUGCUGGGUGAGGGCCGUGGGCCAGUUCUGGAGGUGAUAGUGUCCCGUGCCAACUACAUCAGCUCCUACACCAACCGCAAAGUGAGGAUAAUCGGCUUGUCAACGGCACUAGCUAAUGCACGAGACCUUGCGGACUGGCUCGGCAUUGGGGAGAUAGGGUUAUACAACUUCAAACCUGCAGUGCGACCGGUCCCGCUGGAAGUGCACGUGUCAGGGUUUCCCGGCAAGCACUACUGCCCAAGAAUGGCGCUCAUGAACAAGCCAACAUACCGUGCUAUUCUGCAGUACUCCCCGGAAAAGCCAGUGCUGAUCUUCGUGUCAUCACGACGCCAAACUCGGCUCACGGCCUUGGACCUCAUCGCAUUCCUGGCAGCCGAAAACAACCCAAGGCAGUGGCUACACAUGCAGCACGAGGAGAUGGACUCCGUAAUAAGUAGGAUACAUGACCAAAACCUGAGGCUCGCCCUGGCGUUUGGAAUUGGUUUGCAUCAUGCUGGUCUGCAAGACAAGGACCGCAGGAUUGUUGAGGAACUGUUUGUGAACCAGAAGAUACAGGUCCUCAUUGCGACUUCCACUCUUGCCUGGGGCGUCAACUUCCCUGCCCACUUAGUUGUUGUGAAGGGCACUGAGUACUACGAUGCAAAAGUGCAGCGUUACGUAGACUUCCCAAUCACUGAUGUUCUCCAGAUGAUAGGACGUGCUGGUCGACCUCAGUUCGACGACCAAGGUGUGGCCGUCGUCCUUGUUCACGACCUCAAGAAGAAGUUCUACAACAAGUUCCUCUACGAACCGUUCCCCGUGGAGUCGAGCCUGCUGCACGUACUUCCUGACCACAUAAAUGCGGAGAUUGUGGCCGGAACCAUAACUUCGAUGCAAGACUGCUUGGAUUACAUGACGUGGACGUACUUCUUCAGGAGGCUCCUGCAGAACCCGAGUUACUACGGUCUCGAGAACACAGAGUCCAAGUCCCUAAACCUCUACUUGUCCAACCUGGUCAACAGCACAAUAAGGAAACUUCAGGAUUCUCUUUGUGUGGACGUUGAUUCGGAUGAGAGGAGCUUGAUUGCAACAGCACUGGGCAAGAUUGCAUCAUUCUACUACAUGAGCCAUGAAAGUGUGCACCUGCUGUACAAUACAAUCCGUGUGGAGUCCUCUGUGGAGCAAGUCCUGAAGGUGCUCACAGAGGUCAGGGAGUACAACGAGCUACCAGUACGCCACAAUGAAGACCUUCUCAAUGGUGACCUUGCAAACAUGUGUCCCAUUGCCGUAGACACCAGCACCCUCGACAGUCCCCACACCAAGGCCUUCCUUCUGUUUCAAGCACAUUUUUCACGCCUGCAGCUACCAUGUUCCGAUUAUAUGACGGAUCUGAAAUCUGUUUUGGACCAGGCAAUCAGGGUGCUUCAGGCAAUCAUUGACAUAGUUGCCAACCAAGGCUGGCUCUGUCCUGCUCUUAGUGGCAUAACACUCAUGCAAAUGGUGAUACAAGCACGGUGGUACAAGGACAACACCCUCCUGACCCUGCCACAUUGUGAAGCAGAGACACUAGCAACUUUUAGGUCUGUAUCUGUUGAUUCCCUCCCAGAAGCUGUAGACCUAUACUGGAAGGAUGCAAGAGCUUUGAAGUCUGCGCUGAAGCACGGCAUGGAAGAUAGCCAGGUCCAGAGCAUCCUGGAGACUCUUCAACAUCUACCAUGCCUGAAUGUCGGUCUCUCCCUUCAAGAAGUAUCUGUUGCUGAAAAGUUGAGGUGGACGCCUGUGCAGAAGGGGCCCACAAGCGGAGCCGUUCCGGACGAUUUCUGGCUGGCUGUGCAGACCGGCCGUGAGUAUGUGCUGCAGAUAGCGGUCUCCAGCCCCGUAAAGUCGGGAAGGAAAGGAGGUUCCGCCAGCGCUGCAGCCAUCGCUCCAAAGUUUCCCAAGCCCAAAGAUGAAGGCUGGUUCCUCAUCCUCGGCCACAAGGAGAGCAAAGAACUCAUCGCACUCAAGCGCGUCGGUAGCUGCCGGUCGCACACCUCCAGGCAUCACAUGACCUUCAUGUCACCAUCAGAACCAGGACGGCUGGUGUACACGUGUUUCCUGAUGAGCGACAGCUACCUCGGACUAGACCAAGAGUACAACAUCUACCUGGAUGUCCAAGAUUCUGUGCAGAACACGUCAAAAUAGGAGUUGUAAUGUAUUGUUAAAAAGAAUGAACUUUUGUAAAUGUUCUUUAAAAGCUU